GAAUGGCAAUUCCGUCAGAAAAUAAUUGUAUACGGCGACCGGCCAAGGAAGACUAAUAGAAUGGUAGAACAAAAUCCAAUGGUAACAAACAAAAAAAGUAUGCGAAAGGAAAAUUAAUAAAAAAAAAGAAAAAAACAUGGACGAGCAAGAGUUUCGCCGGAUUCUGGAACACUUCCCCGUUGUUAGAUCUCGCCACUACCGCGCCGAGUCAGAUUCAUCCAGACAGUCAACAUCUCAGUCAACACAGAAUAAGGCAAUUAGGGAUUGGCAAGAUGCUUGGAAUGACGGAGAGAGAAAGGAAAUGGACAAUCAAGAUAUUGAUCUGCAUGAUGCAUUCUGGGAGAAGCUAAGAGUGGCAGCUGAGAGGAAGGUUGGUGCAGCAGAAGCUGAUAGGUUUUGCAAGUCUUUUCAACAAGUUCACAAGAAUCUGGUGUAUGAGGGAUUGAGCUUUGAUGUUGCAAAAAAGUUCCUUGCUUCAUCACCACGUGUUAGAGAAUAGUCCACCUAUAAUGUUAAUUGUACACUCGUUACUGUUUUUUUUUUUUUUUUUUUUUUUUUUUUUUUUUUUUUUUGACGAUAAUGGAAUUGAUGGGAGUAAGAAAUUCUUGUCGGCCUAGAACUGGUUUGAUGAGAACUUGAGAUUUCUUGCUUUACAAUUUUUUUUUUUUUUUUAUCAGCCCUUGCUUUACAAUUUACUCUUGUCCCCUUUGUCGAUCAUCUGAAGAAUGUGUGAUUCUUCUUGCUCCUCUACCAAAAUCAACCUUUGCACUUUUUCCCAAGUGAAGAAACGGGAAAAUGGGAAGUUUUUGGUUUAGAUUGUCAUCUACUUGGGGGGGAAUCAAAUUUUGUUAUUAUUACAUUACUUUUGGUGGGCACAGACAGAGACUGGGACGAGCAGGGAAAACUGAGUGACAUGUAGGUAAUCAAGUUUUUGGUUGCCCAUGUGGGUGUUUCCUCUGCUUUUCUGUAGUACCAUACGUCUCUAUUCUCCUUCAUUUUCUUUUCUUCCUAUUACUCAAGAAGAUUGAGAAGUAUUGCUGUGUUUUGGAAUCUCUGCAUUUUCAAAUAUUCUGUUCUGUUGAUAAUUUCUCUUAGCUAAACAAAAGCUACAGCAUUUCCUAUCAUCAAGUGUCUCCUCUGCUUUUUCUAGUGAUAUGACUAAAGUAAACCUGAAAAGUCUUG